GGAGCCGGUUUUGGCCAGCUCGGAACUCCUAUAAGCCUUCCAGGUCUGUCUAUAUUUCGGACUUUCGAGGAGAGCUCCUCAUUUACUGCUGCCCUGGGAUCUAACCAUGUAUACACAAUGGCUCCUCAGUUUGAUGCUGCUUCUGUCUUCACUGUUUGUCCUGCUGCCUGCUAUUCCACAAAGUUUCUCCUUGUCCCUGCGGAGAGGUUUGGGAAGCACCUCAUCUUGCAGACUGUCCCAAUCUGUGUCAGAGCGCAGGUGUCGAAGCCCAGGUGGGAAGCUGUGCAACGGCAGAGGUCAAUGUGACUGUGGAGUUUGCAUCUGCCAAGUGACCGAACCAGGCAAAUACUACGGGCCACUGUGUGAAUGUCAUGAGUGGGUAUGUGAAACCUAUGACAGUCAAACUUGUGCAGGCCAUGGAAAGUGUGACUGUGGAAAGUGCAAAUGUGUGGAAGGUUGGUACGGCGAUGCUUGCCAGUACCCAACGACCUGCAACCUGACACGGAAGAAAAGUAAUGAGAUGUGCAAGAAUUCUCAAGAUAUCAUCUGUUCAAAUGCAGGGAAUUGUCAUUGUGGCAGAUGUAAAUGUGACAAUUUAGAAGGCAAUGGAUUGAUCCAUGGUAAAUAUUGUGAGUGUGAUGACAGAGAAUGCAUCGAUGAAGAAACAGGAGAGAUGUGUACAGGCCAUGGCAAGUGUUACUGUGGAAACUGUUAUUGUGAGGCUGGUUGGCAUGGCGAUAAAUGUGAACUCCAGUGUGACAUCACCCCAUGGGAGAUCAAGAAGAAGUGCACCUCUCCAGAUGGCAAAAUUUGCAGCAACAGAGGCACCUGUAUAUGUGGAGAGUGCACAUGUCAUGAUGUUGACCCAACUGGUGAUUGGGGAGAUAUUCAUGGAGACACCUGUGAGUGCGAUGAACGAAAUUGCAAGGCACUCUAUGACAGAUACUCAGAUGAUUUCUGUUCAGGUCAUGGACAGUGUAACUGUGGAAGAUGUGACUGUAAAGCCGGAUGGACAGGAAAGAAGUGUGAGCAUCUACUUUCUUGUCCGAUAUCAGCAGAGGAGAGUGCUAGAAAAUGUCAAGGAAAUGCACAUUUACCUUGCUCUGGAAGAGGAAAAUGUGAAUGUGGCCAGUGCACUUGCUUCCCUCCAGGAGAGUCCAAGAUCUAUGGCAAAAUCUGCGAAUGUGAUGAUCGGCAGUGUGAAGACAUAGAUGGCACCGUCUGUAGUGGUCAUGGGAUCUGUUCCUGUGGUCGAUGCAUUUGUAAGGGUGGAUGGUUUGGGAAAUUAUGUCAACACCCAAGGAAGUGCAACAUGACGGAAGAGGAGAGCAGAAGUUUUUGUGAAUCGGCCGAUGGCAUAUUGUGCUCAGAAAAAGGUUCUUGUCACUGUGGAAAGUGCAUCUGUUCGCCCCAGGAAUGGUAUAUUACAGGGGAAUUCUGUGAAUGCGACGACAGAGACUGCGACAAACAUGAUGGCCUCAUUUGUACAGGAAAUGGUAUAUGUAGCUGCGGAAACUGUGAGUGCUGGGAUGGUUGGACUGGAAAUGCUUGUGAAAUCUGGCUUGGGACAGAAUACCCUUAACCCUGCCAUGGAACACUGAAGACUAAAGGAUUUUUGAGUUUGGAAGUGCCGAGAGUGAAGUGGCCAAACAAGCAAGAAACUGUGGGGCAAUACCGAGCAGGAAACUAUCUCAUGUCAACCCAUAUUAUCUAAAUAUAUGCCUAGCAAAAUAUAAUGAUGAAUCAUUGCCAUUACAUUAUGUAACUGAUUGUUUGCCAGCUCAAAUAACAAGCUAAUCUGUACCAUUAUAACUCAUGCUUCUAGUUGUUUUCAGAGCUUUGCCUUGGCAUAGUUUAAAGUAAGUCACAAUGUACUCCUGAGAUAUUCAAAAUUCUGCUGAAAAUAUGAUGGCCUUCACACUGGUCAAGAACUCACUAACCAUAACUCAUCAGGAAAGUAUUUUUCAUAUCUGUUUGCU